GUUAUAAAUAUGAAAAGUAGUGUCAUAUGUCAUUUCAUUAAAUCGUAAAUGAACAGUGAAAAAUGGUAACUAUUUAGUGUUGAAAAUGACAAGAAAAUCCUAGAAAUGGACAGACAAAACGGGUUCUAUUUAAAUCCACAAAUCUUUUCUACACCACCACCAAAUUACCAUCAGUUGCAGGCAUCUGCGUCAAAGCAAUGGAAUUUCAAAUCACCCCCACCUAGUAUACAAGGAACGGCAGUCAACGAACAUUCACCAAGUCCAACUAAAAGCUUCAAAAGAGACCCUCCACCAAGUCCAGCUCAAAGUUACAUUUCGGAAAUCACCCCUUCACCAAGGCCACCUUUCAGCACUACCCCGGUAUAUCCAUUUUCAUAUGUUGAAAAUCAAUCAGUUGGAAGCUUUAAUGUAGCUCAAACUCCAUCAUCUUUUUCAAUUGCAUCAUCUACGAGUCUAGUUGAGGAAACAAAUCGCUAUGCAAAUGUUCUUGCAUUGUAUUACAAGAAAGGAUAUGCUGGUGAUAGAAGUUCCUCUUCCUUUCUAAAACCCACCGAUACUUUCCCAACCACCACAGAACCUCAUCUAUUCCAACAUCCCCCAUGUCUGCCACCGUUACCUUCUCAGCCGCCACCACCGCCACCCCAGAACCCGCCUCCUCCACAAACUCCCCCUCCCCUAUCUCUCUCUUCAGUUUCAACGUCAUCACAGUAUAGGUCUUCGCAUAAUUCAUCUCAGCAGCAUUCUCAUACUUACUCGAAGAAUUUCUACAACUAUAAGAGGCAAUCAGAUUCUGAAGACUAUCACAAAAAGAAUGCGAAGAAAAGAAAGAAACCACUGUCGCAGAAUAUUCCCCAGAGAAAGGACUGGUCGGUGCAAGAUGCAAAAAGGGCCCUUGAUGUUGAAAAAGAGAGCAACAAGAGAUCAAAGAGGCAGUCACUUAUUAUCAAGUUUCCAGAUCUGGAGUUAAACAGGGAAAUUGUAUCAAACUUCCAUCCAAGUAUUGAAAACGUGCAUUUCCAACAACCUUCCACACCAAGAUUUUGUUUUGUUACUUUGAGAGAUUCUGCUGAUCCAGAAAGAGUCAUUAACCAACUGAAUAAAAUUCCAUUUGGGCAAGGUCAUCUUAUAGCUGAGUACAAGAAGGAUCGAGAAGAAGAUUUAAAUAUAGGACCUGAAGAUAUUGAUCCCUUAACGCUGUAUGUGGGUAAUCUGGCACAGGAAGUCACUAAAGAAGACAUGGUUAAAUGCUACCCCAGACAGAAAAGGAUAGACAUUGGUUACGCUAAAAAGAUGAAGUAUACAAGAUAUGCUUUUGUGUCAUUCAAGUGUGUUGAAGAUUCAAUUGAAGCUUUUCAACGCACGCAUGCUUCACAAAUGUAUUCUAAGAGUUUAAUUGUGAGAUUUCGCAGACUUCAUGGUACAGUAGGAAUGCCAGGAGAACCUAAGCCUCAGUCAUCCCAAAGAACUGACAUUGAAACUCCAUCAAACUUUGCCACAUCCCUGGAUGAAAAAAAAAUUGAAGAGCAAGAAAAUCAGUCAACACCAUGGGAUAUAGACGUUUCUAAGUGGGAUGUUGAUACUGACAUAGUGAAACAGGAACGUCCUGAAACCCCCCAAACUGAUGAAGAACUCGACAUCAAACCAGCUAUUCCACUAAAAUCUAGGUUCAUGCCUGGAUCUUUAGAACUAGCAAUUUCUUCACAUAGGCCUAACAUUAUGAAAAUUGAGUCGGAAGAAUAUAAUGAUUCUGCUGGAAUUACCUCUGAACAAUCAGUUGAUGUUAUUACAAGAGGAACUAAUUGUGAAAAUAGUGAGAAUAGUAGUUCAAUAAUCGAAAUUGAUGAAGAAUUGAAUGUAAAUGAUAUCAAUAGUAGGAUUAAAAAAGAACAAAUUGAGAUCAGCAAUGAACCCACAACAUACGACAUGCUGAGAUCCCUGAACAACAAAAUUAAAAAUUACUGUGGUGAGAGACCUGAACUGAAUACUGUUGUAAUUAAAAAAGAGAAUAUGGAAGAUAGCGUCUGUAAUGAAAUAAAUUCACCUGAGAAUGAUGGAGAUUAUAUUGAUUGUCAUUUUACAAGGAAUGUUAAAAAAACAACAACUUCUCUUUUCUCUAAAAGCAUUCGUAAUAGAGACUUUGUUUCACAAAAUAAAUAUGGAGGUACUAUUGAUCAACUCUCUAAGCGUUCUAGAGACCUCAAUAAAAAUAUAAAAACACCUGCUGGCACAAAUGACAAUCAAAAAAAUUUCAUAAGUAACAUUCAGAGUGAAUUAUUGGAAAAACAAGGAAGUGACAGAGAACUUGAUAAAUGUUCCACUGAAACACUGGCUGAUCCUAGUAGUCAUAGUAUUCCGAAAAAUAAUGAAGUUGUAUCUCACUCCAAUAAAGGGACAAUCCAGAAUAAUAUGAAAAGUCAAUCUAGAUCAGUGGAGAAGACAGAUUAUGGUCAGCUAACGGAAAAGAUGACUAUCAGUGUCUCGGUUCAAAAUGAUGAGCCCAGGAUUGAUUUUAACGAAUCUUCAAAUGAAAGAAGUAGAAUUAUGCUUGACACAAAUAUGACUGGGAACGAAUGUAGUAAUAAAGGUCCGUCAAAUAUAACACACAAAAAUAUUCUGAAAUGUACUGAUCUUGGAAAUAACAAAAAAUCAAUAAAUGAUUACAAAGAACAAACUACCUCACAUUCUUCAAUAAAACUUGUUGGUAGCAAAGAUGCACCGAAGCUUGACCAAAAAGGAAAAGAGGAUUCUCGAGCAAUAGCGUCUCUCAAUCGAAAUGCAACAUCAAAAAAUCAUUUCAAUGAACAGAUGAAAGAGAAAAUCACUUUGAUGACAGAUAGCAGUAUCAAGAUAAAUAUAGGUCAGAAUAUAGGUGAUAAAGAAAAUGUGACCCAAAUGAAAGAUGUUGAUUUGGGGACUAUGACUUCCUUACAGUUGAACAAGGAAAGUGGUGAAAGUCCAAAAAUACAACACGUUUUCUCACUGAGAGGAAACGAAAAUACAGAAUUCUCAAAAGAGAGUUUUGAGAAAACUAGCUCUUUGGUUGAAACGUUGCCAAAUAAUGAUAACAAAAAUUCAUCUAAUGAUCAGGACAAAAUAGGAGGAAAUCCAAUUCCAGAAGGUUUACCAUUUGAGAAUGACAUUGGAAUUAGUGAUUGGAUGUCAGCUGAUAUCAAACCUGAACCUGUGGAUGAGGAUGAAACGAAUGAUGGAGAUGAAGAUGACUCAAGUGAUGACAAUCUUAAUUUCAACAGUUUCCUCAGUGGAAACAAGAAUAAAACCAGGAAGAAAAAAUUGAAUUGAUCAUUUGUGAACCCAACCUAUUUUAUUUAUUACCUGUACAUAUUUUGAUUUCAUUUAUUUUUAUUGUUGUGAAUGUAUUGUAAGUUUUUAUCUAUUUAUUGUAAUAUAGUAUUGUAAUAU